ACAAUAAAGCCGCUGUAUUCAGUGUACUCGCUACUCGUUGCGUUACUCCCUAGAUUUGGUUCAAUAUUCGUUGGGAUCAUUACACAUUGGUGCUAUAUCUGGUCACAUAUUUUUGUGACCAUCUCUCGUUUAUUCAUUUAUCGUUAUCAAUCUAUUUAUUCACCUGGAGAAACGAUUGGAUUACAUUUUUAUUGUAAAAAAUGGAUUUUUCCACAUGAAAAGUCAAUCUAGUGAAUUUUUACCAGAUUAUCUGCCAAUCAGUUAUAACAUUCAAAAAAGUAGUGUUUCUGCUAUUAACACUACACAUCAUGGUGACAAUAACAGCAGUAAUAGUAAUAAUAACAUUAAUAACGCUAUAGCAUUUAAUCAAUGUUCUUCCGAUAUUCCACAACCUUUAAGCAAUCUUGUGAUUCCUUCAGUUUGUAUAGCACGUAAACUUAUUUGGUGCAAUCAAAAGGUAUAUGGAAUUACGUAUAUUUAAUUACAAAUCUAAUUACUUAUAUACUUAGUUGUUAAAUUUAAUAAUCUUGAUUGUUUAGUGUUCGCGAACUUUUUUUCAUUUCGAUGGAAUAUGUAAUUUGGCCAGAUACAAGCUUGGUUUACGAGGUUGUUCAGUAGACAGGUGGUCAGUUUUUAAAGUGAUUUUCGAUCAGAUCAACGUGAAAGAGUCUAAAUUGUAUGUGAAAAGAUAAAUAGGUGACAUAAUCUUAAUUAUUUUCCACUGAAGUUUUCCUGCAUUUGGAAUGUCAAAGUUAUACCAUUAUAGUUUUAUCACUAUAACAAAUGGCUCUUGUCACAGAGUUAAAAAGUUUCUGUCUUCAAAGAACAAAUGUCAGAUUGAUUUAUUAUUAAUUAAAGAAACCACAAUCUCUGGAUCAUAAUAAAUAUUUUCAUCUUUACUGAGAAUUCUAAAUUGUACCAAAAUAUAGUAUUGAAUAAAGCCAUAAAUAACAAUAUUAUUAUUCAGGCAUCCAUAGCCAACUUUUCUGCGAUUAUAACAGACGUCUGUUGUCAAAUAUUGGUUAUUUUUCUAAAAUAAACGAAAGCAGUUAGUUAAUUAAGUGUUAUGGUAAAGAUAUAUUUUCGUGUGUUUUGUGGAUAUGGUUAUUCGUAAAGAUUGUUUACUAUCUUUAAAACGUUUCAUUUUCGAAUAAUCCUUUUUUUAAAUUAAAAGGAAGUUGCUGAGCUUUUACUAGGAGCAUGUGUACAUCCCAACUGGCUUUCAUCAGUUAUUCAAGUUCGGUAAGUACUUUUAAUAAAUUCUACUCAAUGUAAUAAGAUCCGUUUAAGUAUGUCAACCGCAUAUAUUAUGUAAACAGGGACGAUACUCUGUAGUCGCACAAGCUUAUAUAUUGAUCACAAUUCAAUCUCUCUGCUUAGGUGUAUAGAUUCAAAUUCCACAAAGAGCAUCAUGUAUCUCAAGUUUGUGUAUUUGUUUUUCUAACCAGUGCUAACUAACAUAAGACCCAGGUUUAAGACUUUCUACUGAUUUCUUCCAGCCAUCUGACAACCUAACACCCCAUUAGUUACCAUUUUAAACACCCUUGAGAAAUGUAUUGUUCAGUAUUCAAAUCAUUAUGGAGUUAAUUUGAAAAAAUUCAUGUUGUAGCUAUGACUCCCAGAUUACUGACUGCAUUAUAGUCGAAUAUUCAUUCAUAUAACUAUCAUACAGAAAGGGUUUUAUUACAAAAUAGAACUGGAACACUUUGACCUGCCUUAUAUUUUCCAUCAUACGUAAACAUAAGUUCUGAGCUUUGUCGAAUCGAAUCCAUCUUAGUUGUUACUUUAUUUGAUAUGUAAAGGAAGGGAGAACCUUCUGAAAAUUUAAAUAAAAUACUGGUUAAAGUUGUUAAUUACUUAUUUUCCUAUAUUUUUUAAAAGGAGACUGUGCGUGGAAACACAUUACCAUUACCAGUUUUUCAUUCAUUCUUACUUUCGAAAUACGCAUACACGUUCUGUCGCCUUUUCAUAGGCAUUUAUAGAUUUAUUCUGUAAACUACUGAAGAAUGCACUUCGAUCUAUAAGGAUAAUCAAGCUGUUAGAACAUUUUAAUAAUAGUAAUUUCAUAUUGCUUCAUCUCUUUUAGAAUUUAUUUUUACUAUUAGUAAUUGAAAUCUUUUAAAACAGUCCUAGAAAUGGUUCUAUUAUUUUUUAUCGACGAGAAUUGGCCACCGUAGCACGUAAACAAGAUGGUUAUUCAUGGAAAAAGAAACCGAAUCGGCGUACUACUAAAGAAGUUCAUAUGGUCCUUAAAGUUCAAGGGAUUGAGUGUAUUAUUGCCAAUUAUGCACAUUCCGCUUUAAUCUCUACAUUUCAUCGACGAACCUAUUCACUAAGAUUUAAUCCUUCUGUAGUAUUGUUUCAUUAUUUGAAUGUACCCUUAUUAACUCAUGAGAAUAAACUUUGCUUACCAUUACCUGAUCUAAGUGAAAAUGAUCGUAAUGAAUUAACUUAUGCUCAACUUGUUGAACAGUUAGUCAAUAUGUUUAAUAAUUUCCCAAAACAUAUCAUGAAACCUGGUGUUGAUCGAAUUCUAAAUUUCGAUUUAAAUUUCUCUAAUUUAAUUCAGAUUCUGAGUGAUCAUAUUUGGAAUUCAUCAGUGAAUCCAAAUUCCUCUCCAUCAUCGUCACUAUCAUUUCUGUCUGAUAAUCCAUAUAGAAACAUAAGUUGCAGUGUUGUGAACAGUUUUUCUUCACUACAAUCUGAUAUAAAUCAUCAUCAUCCACACACAGCUGUGUUUCUCCUUAUCACGCCCAAAUUAAAUGAUAAUUGUCAGACAAAUUUGGAAUUAGUCUUUUCGAAUAAUAAGUCGUCUUGUCGAGCGAAUCCUCAUACGCGAAAUACUCGCGAAUAUCAGUUUUCAGAUAUAAUUAAUAACAAUAAUAAUGAAAAUAAUAAUGAAUACAUUCCAUUUAUAUUCUCCUCUUCAAAACCAAUAAAUAGAUAUUAUCAAAAUAAUGAAACUUCUAAGUAUGAUAAUAACAAUAAUGUUAACUCAAACAGUAAUGAUAAUAAUUCAGACAAUGAAGUAGAGGCAAGUUCUACUGUGAACCAGUUAUUGUUUCCUAAUGAUAAUAAUAAUGAUAGUGUAGAAUCUAAUAAUUUGCUAUCUGAUGUUGUAAUUAAUUGGGCUAAUGAUUAUCCCUAUUCAUUAUCACUAACAAUGAAUAACUUUGAAAAUUUUAACACAACAAAAAGCAUCAAGUCAAAUGGUAGUCCUGAUCAUCAAAAUGUCAAUGAUGUUGUUAAUCAUAAUCAUCAGUAUGUUAAUACUGAUAGUAGCCCACAUUCCAAUGAUAACAUCACUACUACUUCUACUACUACUACUACUACUGCUAAUAAUAGUAAUAAUGAUUAUUAUCAUACUAAUGAAGAAGUAGUAGUAGAAGAAGAUCCAACUAGUAUAACACCCAUUGAAAUCAGUUAUUCUGAUGAAUUAAUAAAUUUCACUGAUUUAAUUAUCACAUCAACAUCAACACCUUCACCAUUUAUUUCAACUUAUACUGAUGAAGAUUUAGGGCUUUUAUCAAAUGAAUUAAUUACUGAUAAUAAUCUGCUUGGAAAUGAUUUUACACCGAUAACAACCACAACAACUGCAAUAAGACCCACUAGCAAAAUUAUCAAUAAUGACUGUAAUGAUUGUUGCUGUAUAACAGAACAACAUCAAUCUAAUCAUAAACUCUUUUCAAAAGAACAUGUUUCCAGUGAGUUGUCGUCUAGUAAUUUCAAUGUUCAUACAAUAACUAAUAAUGGUAGAUAUGCUGUACAAAUCAAUCAUGUUAAUGUCGAUAAAGAAGAGAUAAAUAACAAUCGGUUCAAUAAUCCUAUCAGUGAAAUUGAUGAUAAUUUGAAUCUUGAAACUUGUAAGAAUAUCUCCUCACCCAAUCAUCGUUUACCUCUGAUAACAAAUGUGUAUGAACCUGAAAAAAAUGAAAGUUUUGAAAUCACCAAAUUCAAUUGCCAGCACAAUGAUGCUGUUUGUAAUCCAUUCAUAUCUGAUGGAGGAUACUCAGAGCACAGUUUUGGUCGGUGCAAUAAUAUAAAUUUGCUUAAAUUAAAGCUCUCAGAUGAUCUAUUACGUUGGAUAGUGUUUAUUCGCUUUAGUUCAUUAGCACCGGGUAUUCAUUUACCAAUUGAUAUUGAAGAUGAAUUCAUUUUAUUACCAAAUCAUAAAUCUAGAAUAUUUAGCAAAUCGUUUGAUGAAUCUAAUUAUAAUAAUACAUCAAUUACAUCGAAACAUGUGGAAGAUAUACAUUCUGACAAUGUUUCGAAUUCAAUGCUUACAAAUUACUUAACAAGUAACUUUGAUGAAUAUCCUAAGGUGAAUAUACCACUGCGGCAUGAUCAAUGUGCAGAUAAAUUAGAAAUGUAUUUAGUUCUACAACUAGUCGAAUGGAUGAAGAAAACAGAUAAUAUUAGUAAUAAUAAUAGUACUAGAACAUAUCAAAGUUCUGUCAAUUACUUAUCAGAAGCUGAAAAUGAAUUUGAUGAAUUCAAUAUUCAACAAUUACAAGAACAAAUGACUUCACUGAAGAUAGAUAUUUCUCUUUUAAGUUGUGCAGCUGCUUUGGGUUAUUCUGAACUGAUACUAGGACUGUUGCAGUGGGCUGUACGAAUUUAUUGUAAUCAACCUACACCAUUCUUUACAGAUCACUGUGAUUCAACUUUACAAUCAGGUUUCGAUACAGAUUUAUCUAGGAUCUUAUCUCUUUUACAUGAUCUAACCCCAAAUAAUUCCCCCUCCCUUGCUUAUUCAACACUUACGCCAUUGGGUUCAGCUAUUCUGCACGAACAGGUUGUAACGACGAAGCUCUUAGUAGUAUGGGAUCCAGAUGCUCUUCAUAAACCUUGUUUAUAUAAUUCAUUAUCAUCGUUUUCAAAAUCGGGUAGUGAGUUUACGCCAGAAAAAUUAGCAUUGGUCAUCAAAAGUGAAUCCAUGCAAAAGUGUAUUGAACAAUUAGAAGUACAAUAUUUUUCAUCAAAUGCACAAAAUUAUGCAACAGAUACUGUUAUAACUAAAUUAGAAAGACUUAUUAAUUAUACGGAAACAGUUUCAUUACCAAAUCAUAUUGAUCUCACGGAAAUUGAUGUUAAUACAAAACCGUCGUCAUUUCCUCACUCAUUGUUAUAUAAACAAUCGAAUAUGAUUAAGUUAGACUAUUCAAAGCAAAAUUAUAGUCUAGAUGUAUCUAUUGACGAUGAUGAUAUCCCAGGAAAAGAAUCAUUUUAUCACUCUACAUCGUUACAUAAUAUAUCUAGUACAAGUUAUCCUUCAAAAAACUUGAAUAAAAUUUUAAAGUCUUUACCAACACCAGCAACCAAUCAGUUUAUAGAUAAUUCAGAUAAUUUUAAAUAUGCAAUCGAGAAUAACAACAAUUCGUUUGAUACUCAUAAUGAACUUUAUGAAGAUGACAUUACUUUAGAUUCAAAUGUACAACGUAAAAAUAUAUGUACCUGGCGUAAACAAACAUACAAUCGACGUCAUCACUAUCAUCAUGGUUGUUUAGACUCAACUUCUCUUUAUGCUAGUGUAACAAAUUUAAUGAAUGAUGAUCAUUCUCAGAUGUUUUGUUUAGCUGACAGAAUAAUUGAAGCUAUGCCCAGGCGUAUUGUUAAUCUUCAUAAUCAAAACUGUGAUGAUCUACUAUCAACUCAUGUAGAUUAUGAUGAUAAUUAUAAUGGUGAAGAGUCCCAUUCUUCUUCUAUCCAAUUUUCUGAUUCAGCUUUAGGUGAAAGUAUUGCUUUGAGUCGAGCACCAGUUGAUCAACUCAAAUCACAUUCUUCAUUGUUGCAUUAUCAACCAUUCACUUUAACCAUUAAUACUAAUCCUAUUCAAUUAACAAAUAAUGAUGAUACAAAAAAAUAUCCAGUUAAAAUCUUUCCAAAUAUAAAAACUAAGUCAGUUAGUAAUAAUCAUAAAAAUAACAAAUCAAUUGGUUCAUUUAAUUCACUUCCAUCAAAACGACCUUAUCGUGAUAAAUAUUUGACAUUAUAUAACAGUUUUAGAUAUCGUGGUGUUGGCAUCGAUGAUUAUUCAGAAAAUAAAGUGAAUCAUCAGUUAAAAAGUGCUUUACUUAGUUUUCAUGAACCUUUGAGAAGAAGAUCAUAUUUUACUCCUCCUAUUCAACAAAAUAAAAGUGGAUUGAAAACUUUCAAUGAUGAUGAAAUCAGUGUUGAAUUGAAUUCUCAUGAAACUGGAGUUAUCACUUCGAAUUCAAUGUUCAAUACACCUUUUAGUUCUACUAGUUUUAUGAGUUCAGAUUUAAAUGAUGAAAAUGAUUAUGAUGUACUUCGAUGUGAUCGUCAAGGGAAAUCAUUAAGUGCUUUCAGUUUAAAUAGUCCACCGCCAUCUACAGCACAAAUUGCUGAACAUUUUAAUGCAGUACCAGGAAAAUUUAUGGAAACUGACUUAAGUAGAUUAACACUAUCGGAUAUGGAACAGAAACGUUUAUACGAAGCAGCCAAAAUUAUACAGAAAUAUUAUCGAGCUUAUAAAAAACACAAUCAGUCGGUUAUUAUUCAAAAUAAUAAUAAUAAUAAUAAUAAUAAUAGUAAUGAUAAUAAUAAUAACAAUCAAUUGUCCAAUACAUUUAUACCUAAUCCUGUUUUAUACUCUUCAUCAAACCAUAAUCAUACUACUGAAACAGAUAAAUCCUUAUCCAAUAUUAAUUUUUAUUCAAAAAAUGUGUGUGAUGUCAACAACACGAAUCAGAUUGUACAACAACUUCAGCAGAAUAACAAUACUGUCAUCUUUCCAACUGAUAAACAAGAAUGGAGUAGUGAUGUUUUACUGGGUUUCGAAAAUGAUACAUCUGUAGGCCUUGAAGUUGAAAUAGAAACAUCAUACGAUAAUACAGUAACCAAUGAUAAUGAUAAUUCAUAUCAAGUUCAAUCCAUUCAGUCUGGUCAAUUAUCUUUACCUGGAGAAUCAAAUUCCAAUUGUUGUUUGAAAACAACAAAUAACUUUUCCAAUUGUAUUUCAACUUCAAUACAAUCAUUGAAUUCAUCACAACCAUCAAUGACUUCAUCAUCCAGUGGGCCAUGUAAUAAAGAAAUUGAGGCUGCGAUUAUUAUUCAAAGUUAUUACAGACGUUAUAAACAGUAUGCAUAUUAUAAACGAUUAUGUCAAGCUGCACUUUUAAUUCAAAAUCAAUAUCGUUGGUAUGUAAAUCAAAAGAAGAAUGGCAACAGCGGGGGAGUUUCAGCUGGUCCUAAACUUAGAAAACCUAGAUCAAGUCAAUGUAAUAAUCCACGAUACAGGUCAGUAUGUGCACGAAAACCAAAGGUGAAUAAUAACACAGGUGGUGAUGUAAAUAUUGGUGUUCGUCUCCGAAAACCUAUUGUCUCAAUUUCCGGAUGCAUAAGACAUCGAUCCGCUACCCGGUUAUCUCCAUUCAAUAAUACUCCUUAUAUCCCUUUAAUCAAUUCACAUCAUGUAAAUCCAUCUUCAAGAUUUAUUUGUUUUGAAGAGCAUUUAAUUGAAUCUUAUGAUAAUCAUCCACAAAGUUUUUCAAAUAAUUCAUCUAUUGUUUAA